AUCCCGGCUCUGUUGCCAUGGCAACGGCCAGGCGGUGGCUGCCGGCGGCCCGCGCGAGCGUCUGCCCGGGGCUGCAGCAGGAGCCGGAGCCGGAGCAGGCAGCGCCUCUCUGGGAGGCCGGCGGGACACCCCCCCGGGAGGGACGACCCCCGCCCGCCCCUCCGCGCACCAGCCAGGCUCCCCUCCUCCAAGGCCGCCAUGUCCCCUGGCAAGGCCAAAGCGGUGGCCCCACAGCCGCUGGUCUUCGCAGCCCACGAGAUGGAGUGCAAGAUCUGCUAUGAGCGAUUUGAUGGCCGCAGCCGCCGCCCCAAACUGCUGAGCUGCCGCCACCGCGUCUGCGCCCGCUGCCUGCGCAAGAUGGUGGAGGUGGGCGAGCCGCCCGGGACCCUCAGCUGCCCCUUCUGCCGCCAGGAGAUGCCCCUGCCGCCGGACAGGGACGUGGGGCGCCUGCAGGACGACGGGCAGGUCCUGGCUUUGCUCAGCUGCCGCGAGAGGGCCCGGAAGCAAGGAGGGGGCGCCAGGGCCGGGGGCGCGGCCCCCUCCCCGGAGGUGUUGCUGUGCCCCAGCGUCCUGGAGCCCUUUGCAGAGGGCGGGCACAGCUCCUCCUCGGACUGCCUGGUCAUCACCCUCCUGGAGGUGCCCGAGGACAUGGCGGCCCCCGAGGGCGUGGGGGUCCUGGACGUCAUGCGCCUCUACCGCCCGCCCAGCCUGACCUCGCUGCCCUGCUACGGCCCCCUGGGCAAGUGCCAGCCCUGCGCCACGUGGCGCGCCUUCCCCCGCUUCCUCGUGGGUGUCCUCUGCCUGGUCUACUUCAGCUCUCUGCCCUUUGGCAUCUACCUCCUGCUGGUGGAGCGUCUCAACCUGGGCAUCGUCCUGGUGAGCCUCGUGCCCUCCACCCUCAUCCUCUGCGUCUUCUACAGCCUCUGCCAGUGCUUCUGCCAUGAGAUCUUUGACUUGCCUUCUUGAGUCGGGCAGUGGGGGAGAUCCGGAGGUCAGAGGCCAACGCCAGCCCCCCGGAGCCUCCCGCCAGCCCCCAAGAGACAAUCGCCCUCCUUGUCCUCCCCGAAUCUCGUGCCAUUCCAACCGCCCUUCCUGGAAGCAGAUUUCAGCAGCGUUGCCCUCCUCUCCCUGCAACG